UUUGAUGUUGCCCUGGCACGGGUUUCCUCAAGUACCUCAUGUGUUGCUGACGUCCUUAACCCCCUCUAGCUCAAGGCCGCCAGCCAGGUCCUUCCUGUUACAGUAACUAUUCACUCCAUUUUCUGGCCGCCGGCGCUCGCACCCCGAUAGGGCCAGAUGACGCUGCGCCGACUCUUCGCGCUGGCGCUCCCUGCGGCUGCUGGUGGCGUGACGUUGUCUUUGUCAGGCCAGCGCCAGGAGGUACUGCUGCAAGACGAGGAGACCAGCCCACCGGCUGCGGCUCUCGCAGAGGACGAUGCGCCAGGGCCGCUGGCCAUGCAGCUGGGCCACUCCUCGGGGGAGGCGCUCGUGAGGUCCACCGCCGUGGGCACGCUGGUGCAGGCCUUGCAGAGCGGCGAGCUCGAUGGGAACCCCUCCGAGCGCCUCGAUGCCAUCCUGAAGCUGGGCGACCAGCUCACCUCCGAGAGCUGGCUGGCCUCCGGGCCGGAGGCCCUGCAGGCGCUGAAGGGGAAAUUCUUCAAGAGGGACGAUCUCAAGGCGAAGGUGCAGUUGAUGUGCCACCUGGACGGGGACUGCUCCUUCCAGCAGGGCUCGCUGCUCUUCUGCGAGGCCCUGCAGCUCGCGGCCUCCCAGGAGAAGCUGGGGGAUCUGGCAACGCUGGAGAAGCUCAUCAACGCGACGACGAUGUCCACCCGCUUUUAUGGCGUUGACACGGUCACCCAGAGCGCUCUGAUAGCGAGAUGGGACAAGGAGGUCGAGUGGGUGCCGAGGUUCAUGUCGACCGUCAGUCGCGUGAGUGGUGCAUUCAAGAGCCUGCGGCAGCGGAUCAAUGUCACCCCGGACUUCCGGGAGCUGGUGAAAGACACAUGUGCGGAGUUGUCGUCUAUCCGGCCCAAGUGCCUGGACAGAGCGUCGGACGGGGCCUUCUGCCAGGCGCUCGGACAAGCCGCUGCUGUAAACCUUGGCCCGCUGGAGGCCAGCAGGCGCCUCGGCGAGGUCCUGAUGACGAUUUGAGCAGCGCACUCGUCUGAACGCCCCGCGGCCGCGUGCUGGCGGUCCAUGAUUGAUGGCGGCAUUGCGCGCUCGGCUCGCUCCUCGAAGGAUGGACCCCUCGCCGGAUCGACCCUCUCUUUUCUUCCUUCCCCCCCGUUUUCUCCCUUUUACCUCCUCGACCUUCCUGCCAAUCGAAUCGCCGCGGGUUUGCAACAGAGGCUUUAACAGCACACGGGGCCAGUAACUGGCUGGCUCCAACCUAUGCUGCCGAUCGGCUGUCGUCACGGGCUGGACUUGUGAUGUGAUCGCCAGAGAAACACGUGCACCGGUCG